CUGAGGUAAUUCAACUUUGGAAAAGGAAUUUGGAAGAAUCAAUAUUACCUUUCAAAAACCUUCAAUCUCUAGAAGUUAACAAUUGUAGCAGCUUGAGCUACCUUCUAACCCCCUCCAUGGUAUUGCGCCUUGGGCAACUCAAGAACUUGAAGAUAAAAGACUGUGCAGCAAUAGAACAAGUGAUCAUGGCUACAAGAGUUGGAGAGGUAGUUGAAUUUGACUCAAUAUUUUUCCCACAACUAAAGUCCAUUUCAUUAGAGUCUUGCUCCAAGUUGUCAAGUUUCUAUGUGGGAAGUAAGACCCUCAAGUUUCCAAUGCUAGAGAAAAUUAUUGUAAAGGAUUGUCUAAAGAUGGUUAGAUUCAGUUUUAAAUUUUCAAGUGAGCAAGAGAAAGAGACAACUGAUGGAAGACGUGAGGAAUUGCUUGUCAAGAAAGAACCUAAUAUCUUCAUUGAGGUUUUCUUUUGUGAUGAGGUUGAGCUUCCUAACUUGAAGAAGUUGACUCUAUCCUCAAUCAAUACAAAGCAAAUUUGGAACAGUCAUCUUUCAUCAAUAUCUUCAUUUGCUCAAAAUUUAAAAAAGUUGAAGGUGGUCAACUGUUCCAAUUUGAAGUAUCUGUUUACAUUCUCAAUGCUUAAAAGUUUUGCGCAGCUUAAAGAACUCGGGAUUAGUGGAUGUGAGAUAAUGGAAGUGGUAAUAUUAACAGAAGGGGCAGUGGAAGAAGAAAAGAUUUGCCAGACGGUGUUCCCUAAACUAAAGACCUUGACACUUAAUGACCUACCCCAACUUGCAACAUUUUGCUCCAAUUGUGAUUCUCUAGGAAAAUUUUCUGACUCUGAAAGAGUCAAUUUUGAUACCAGAUCACAAAAACUGCUAGCCACGCAAUCGACUUUGGUGGAAACAGAGGCCACCGAGCUUGUAUUCUCUCAAGUGACAAACCUGAUACUUAGACUCUUACCAAAAUUCAAGAGUUUCUUCCCUCAAACGCACAUCACAAAAUGGCCAUCAUUGGAAAGUUUAGUUGUGAUCGACUGUCAUGGAGCACAAAUAGUUGCUUCAAAAUUUUCAAGAACUGAGAUGACACAUAGAGACAGCCAACUUGAAAGGGAAUCUCAACAUCUCAUGCUUUGGAUUAGCAAGGCUACAUUUCCUAGUCUAGAACGCCUGGUUGUGAAAUGGAAUGACAACAUGAAGAUACAGUGUGGACAUCAUCCAGAGGAGUAUUUUGGUAAACUAAAGGUUCUGCACCUCGUCGGCUUUCCUAAGCAAUCGGCUUUUCUUCCGCCUUUCUUCUUCCACUGCUUGCCCAAUCUCAAAAAGCUUCUUGUGGAGGAUGCUUUCUUCGAUGAAAUAUUCCAAUGUGAAGAAGUUACAGGUGAGGAAAAACCUGUGUGUGGACACACUCCAUUAAGAAAUUUAAGAUUGUCCAAACUUCAUGAGCUAACACAUCUUUGGAAGGAAGAAUCCCAACUUGAAGUAGACAUUCUCAGAAACCUAGAAACUCUAAAAGUGCAGGAAUGUAGCAGAUUGAAGAAUUUAGUUCCUUCCACUGUAUAUUUCAACAAUUUGCAGACUCUAGUGGUAUCUGAGUGUCAUGGACUUGCCAAUUUAGUGAGAUACAAAACAGCGAAAAGCUUGGGGCAGCUCCGAAGAAUGAAAGUAGCCGAUUGUGAGAUGAUAGAAGAAAUUGUCGUAUGUUUGGGUGAUCCUGUGAACGAUGGCAUUGAUUUCACCGAAUUGGAGUGUUUGCAACUUAAAGGUUUACCAAGACUAGAAAGCUUCUGCUCAGGGGAUUGCAACUUUAAAUUCCCAGCUUUGGUAGAGGUAAUUGUUACAGAGUGUCCAAAUAUGCAGAUUUUCUCUAAGGGAGAACUAAGCACACCAAGACUUUAUAAAGUGAAAUUGGCAGGAGAUAUAUAUGAAGACAUGGAUGAAGAUAUAGAGAAAAAAUUAGAUGAUUUUUUUAAUAAAGAUGAAGAUGAAAGAAGUUUAAAUUUUUUGGUUUACCAAAACAAGAAGGAAGAUGAAGGAAGUUGGCAGGGUAAUCUUAACAGCACUAUACGACAGUUGUUCAAGGAAAAGUGUUUGCUUUCGCCUUUCAACAUGUUGUCUUGAUGGUUACAGAGUGCUGGCAAUUGCAAAAAGGGCAAUGGAGAAAACAGUGAUCAUGAUGCUAAAGAAGAUAAUGGUAAUUAAUGGCUAUGAACAAGACUGGGAUUUUAGGUUUUAAUGGUGCACUCACAAUAAGCUAGAUUUUUGUUUUAUCAAGCUCCCACAUUGCUUUGCCAUUCAAAAAAAUCUUUUAAUUUCUAAAAUUCAUGUGUGGUAUGAUUAUCAAGUGGUUAAUUCUGGAAACCACUAGAGACCAUUUCAUUUUAUUUUUCUUGUUGUGCUUGUUUAUUGUGUGAAAGAGAGCAAUUGAAUUGUUAUGCAUCUUCAUUCAAAAAAGAGAUGUGAUUUGU